GUAUGUUUGAAGCACAGUGUGUGGGUGAGGUGUACUUACUUACAUCCGCAAAGGCACUUCUUGAGAUAAACAGGCUGCAAAACGGUCAGGAUGAUUUUCUUCGUUCUGUUUACGCUUAUCUUCUUCAUCUUUUCAGGUGUGUUUGGUGCUGCCGACACUGAUGAAAUCCAAUCCAUAUCAGUGAUGAGGGGAGAUUCUCUCACUUUACACACCGAUGUUACUGAAGUACAGAGAGAUGACCUGAUACUGUGGACAUUUGGAUCAAAAGACAAUCUAAUUGCUGAAAUCCAUAAGCAGGUCGUCUAUAUGUUUGAUAGUAAAGAACAUUUCAUACUUGAAGAAAAGACUGGUUCUCUGACCAUCAGAAACAUCAGAACUGAAAAUUGUGGACUUUAUGAUCUAACAGUCAUCAACCUUGGAAGAACAUCAUACAAGAGAUUCAAUGUUACUGUCAUUGAUACUUCGGGAAAAAAUGUUGCUUACCUGCCAGUUCCUGUCAUCAGCAGAGACCCCUCACAAUGUUCUUCUUCAUCAUCUCCAAACUGUUCAUUGGUGUGUUCAGUGGUGAAUGUGAGUCAUGUGACUCUCUCCUGGUACAAAGGAAACGGUUUAUUGUCCAGCAUCAGUGUGUCUGAUCUCAGCAUCAGUCUCUCUCUACCUCUGGAGGUGGAAUAUCAGGAGAAAAACAGCUACAGCUGUGUGAUCAACAAUCCCAUCAUCAACCAGACUCAACAUCUGGACAUCAGCAAGCUCUGUCACUCAUGUUCAGACUUUCUCGCAUGUUGUGGUUCUACAGAAGCUGUGAUCCGAUUGGUCAUCUCUGCUCUGGUGGGCGUGGCUACGAUCACUGCAGUGAUUUAUGACAUCAGAUCUUACAGAGUUCAAUAAGCCAGGAAUAUGAGGACACCAUGGCAGCAUUCCACUUCAGAACUUACAGUGGACUGAAUUGAAAUGUCCUAAGCCCUUGGUCACUUGGAAUCUGCAAUGGAGUUGAUUUAUUAGUUAACAUUUUUUUUUUCUUACAAAUUAGAUUGAUGAGGGAGUAAAUUAAACUGGUGAUGUCACAAACUUGUUGCAUUGUGAUUUAUGGAGCUGCCUUAUGUGUUGAGGGUUUAUCCGUAUAAACUUCCCUCGUCCACUUUAUGAAGUGGAACUUACCCCAGGAGAUUUCUGAUCUUACCUUAUGAUUAGUGAUUUAAAAUGACUGUCAAAUCCCAUUGCUUGUAAAUGCUUUGUGUGUAUUAUAGUCACAGCUGAGUCUAGGUGAAAUUAUGAGCUAACUCAUUUCACUAGUGGGGCGGGGCCGAGAGAUGUGGGAACGAGCGAGGCCGGUAGAGUGAUUGGGAAAUCCGCGACACCUGCGCCCCACCGCUGGUCUCGAGUCCCACAGAGGAGAUGGAAGUAUAUA